UGACAUAAAUUGCUAUCGAAUUGUGCCCACUGGCACCGCCACUAUUUAUUUGUUUCCGAGCAGUGCCGGCAUCAGUUUUUCCUUGAGCUUUCACACAUAAAUAUUACGAAAUAAGGGUUGGUCGCAAAUUGCUAUUAAAUAUGAAUAUCAGGCUUAUUCAAAGCAUUGGUCAACAAGCAAUCAGGUGCGUCAGGCUCUCAACACUAACAACGCGUAACUUUGGAGCAAUUGCUGGGAAUCAGUUGAGCCAGUUGAGUCCUCGCUAUUGCGUUGUGCUUUUGCCAUUUGUCGGCGUUGCCAGCAGUGUUAAUUGCAGUGCAGCGGAAACAGCAACGAAGAAACAACAAUACUCAACAGCAGCUGCCCUCGACAUGUCUAACGGGGAUUACAAGAACGCUGCGUCCAUUUACGAGUUUAACGUCAAGGACACUCAUGGCAACGAUGUCUCUCUGGAGAAGUAUAAGGGUCAAGUCGUCUUGGUCGUGAACAUCGCCUCCAAGUGUGGCUUAACCAAGAAUAACUAUCAGAAAUUGACCGAUCUGAAGGAGAAGUAUGGUGAACGUGGAUUAACUAUUUUAAAUUUCCCAUGCAAUCAAUUUGGCUCUCAAAUGCCAGAGGCUGAUGGUGAGGCAAUGGUUUGCCAUCUGCGCGACUCUAAGGCGGACAUUGGUGAGGUCUUUGCUAAGGUUGAUGUGAAUGGCGAUAAUGCUGCUCCUAUCUACAAAUACCUGAAGGCCAAACAGACCGGCACAUUGGGCAGCGGCAUCAAGUGGAAUUUCACCAAGUUUCUGGUGAACAAGGAGGGCAUCCCAAUCAAUCGUUAUGCACCCACCACCGAUCCCAUGGACAUUGCCAAAGAUAUUGAAAAAUUAUUGUAGAUUUCGACAUGUUUAGUAUAUAAGCAUUAUUUAGCUCAUUUUUAAAGCUUAUGUCGGUCGCACCAUAAUUGUUGACUUUUUUUUUGGCAUACAGCUUAUUUGUUUAGCUCUGGGCACAUGUAGUGCAUGUUUUUUAAAAUUGUAUUUGAAAUAUGGUUUAUAUUCCCUAACACGCUUUUUAAUAAACGCAAUUUAAUGAAUUA